UUCCUGUGACAACAGUCGUCUGCUAAACUGAUCCAUGUCUUGACUGAUCGCAUUGAAAAGGACUUCCUUCACUGGAGCGCCGGGCGUAUUUUGUUAAGUCAUUUCACGAUGUGAAAGGUAAGAAAGGAGAGGCAAAUACAGAAUCAGUGACAUAAGAACAGCUUCUUUCCGUGGAAUGCACACAACAUCGGAUUAACGGCACUUAAGAGUUUGAAACGGUUUAUAUGGUUCCUCAUAAUUUGACGCUCUAAAUAUCUCUUCUGAAUACCAACCACCUGUUCACGAACAAAAGCCUACAAGGAUAAAUCUCCAAGAAGAACUGGUAACAACUAGAGAAAAAGACAGAUUUCACCUCUGUUUUUAGCAUCAAAUCAACCCGACCGAUGCCUGAUUCAGAUCAAAGGAAUAAUUCCAUGACUUUCAUAGGAUAAUUUUCUCGUCUUCUGAACAUUGUAUAAAGCAACAUGGCCUAUUCUGUCACCCACUUCUGGUGUUUUUGUAUAUUUCUAAAGUUGGUAACACUUGUAGGAGGAGAGGAAGAGAUUCUUAUAGGGUACCUGAUGGCAGAUAAGGGCAAAGCCAACAACCAGGGGAGAAUAAUAUCAGGAGCCAUCACCCUGGCAUUGGAUUAUAUCAACAAUAACCCGAAGUUAUUAAGCGGGUAUGAGUUGAAAUGCAUUUGGAAUGAUACUCAUGCGGAUACACUGAUAGGCACUUCUGCUCUUACUUGGCAGUGGAGGCAAGGAGCUGUGGCCUUCUUUGGCCCGGAGAAUGUCUGUGACACGGAGGCUAGGGUGGCAAGCGCUUGGAACCUUCCCAUGAUAUCAUAUAAAUGUGCUGACGAGGAGGUUUCGGAUAAAGAACUUUACCCCACAUUUGCAAGAACAUUUCCUCCAAUCACCCAAGUAACGAAAUCAAUAGUAUCAUUAUUAUUACACUACAAUUGGAGAAACUUUACUGUAGUAUAUGGUUCGGAGGACCGAAUGAAAAUGGUUGCGAAAUCUUUGUGGUUGCGUGCGAAACAGAAUAAUAUGACCGUGAAUGAAAAGAUAAUGUACACUGAGCCAUUCUUUGGCUAUACAUUCAGUGAGGCAAUCGCAAGUGGAGCUACUACAUCGAAUCAUUCAUCUGGAGGCAUGGAUGGUGUAAGCAAUAAUGAGUUCCCUGAUAUCAUCAGGGCUAGUGCUCCAAACACAAGAAUCUACGUCUUCCUUGGUGGCCAUAACGCGAUGGUGGAGUUCUUAGCAGAGCUAGAUAGACAAGGACUCGUUAGUAGUGGAGAGUAUUUAGUCAUUUAUUUAGAUAACGUUCCAGAAAAAUAUAAGGAUGAUCCUGACAAAUAUUUCAGAUAUAUAGCUGAUGAUCAUGAGACGAAUCGUAUCGAGUAUGCAAGCCAGGCCCUUCUGGUUGUGACCACAAGUAAGGCGGUCAGUGAUACCCAGCAAGAAUUCAGAAAGAAUGUCAUUAGAUAUAAUCAAAAGGAACCGUUUAACUUUUACAAAGGCCUACCUGCGGUUAUGGCGAAUACUUUGCACGUUCCUGUGUAUGCUUCCUACCUCUAUGAUGCUGUGAUGAUUUAUGCUCAUUCCUUAGACCAGGUGCUAAAGGAGAAUGGGUCGUUAAAGGACGGAAAGAGCAUUAUCCACAAAAUCAAUGGACAUUCGUUUAGAAGUAUUCAAGGUUUCGAUGUUCAUAUUGAUGAGAACGGUGAUGCUGAAGGGAAUUACACUGUCAUAGCCUUCGCCCAUAUCAAUGGCUCAGCCGCCAUGUUACCUGUUGGCCAGUUCAAGGCCACUGGCGGAGAGACACAACUUCCAGAGUUUAGCCUGCGACGUGGUUCUAAAAUCAUGUGGCUCGGCAAUAAAAAACCGGAAGCAGUACCAGAAUGUGGGUACCAUGGAGAAAUAUGUCUGAAGGAACCAACGUACACCAUGGAAAUUGCUUGCGGUGCUAUUGGUGGCGUUUUUCUUGUUUCUGCUCUUAUAGCCCUCAUGGUUUACAGGAACUGGCGAAAUGAACAGGAAAUUGCCGGUCUAUUGUGGAAGAUCAACAUAGCAGAUAUACAGCUCCUGGAGCAUGCGUCAAGGGCGUUCAGAGGCAGUAAGGCAACCCUUGUGACCAAUAGUUCCUUGCCAUCGAAUAUAUCUUUGGAACAUAUCUACACCAAAACAGGUUCAUACAAGGGACAGAUUGUGGCCUUAAAGAGAAUAGAAAAGAGAAACUUAGAAAUAAGUCGAGCUAUGAAGAAGGAAAUGAAAACGAUGCGUGACCUUCGGCAUGAUAAUGUCAACUCGUUCAUCGGGGCCUGCAUUGAUCCGCCACAGGUCAUCCUUGUGACAGAGUAUUGUUCCAAAGGGUGUCUCCAGGAUAUUUUAUGCAACGAUGACCUGAAGCUCGAUUCCAUGUUCACUGCUUCCUUGGUAAUGGACCUUAUAAAGGGUAUGAUCUUCAUUCAUGAGAGUGAUCUUCACGUUCACGGAAACCUCAAAAGUUCCAACUGUAUUGUGAACAGCCGAUGGACACUACAGGUGACAGAUUUCGGUCUCCACGAGAUAAGAUGUCCUGGGCCACACUCGGAGAAAGACCACAAGUAUUAUAGUAGUUUGUUUUGGACCGCUCCCGAAAUCCUCCGUCACUCGUGUCCCGUUUAUCGUACUCAGAAGGGUGAUGUGUUCUCAUUUGGUGUGAUUCUCUAUGAGAUAAUGAGCAGGAUGCAGCCUUUCGAGGACAUAGAUAUAGAACCAGAAGAAGUCAUUAAUAAAAUAAAGUACCCUGACGGAAUGUACUGCCGGCCUGAUAUCCUUCUUAUUGAAUGUCAGGAAUACGUGAUCAAGGUUGUUCAAGACUGCUGGGACGAGUAUGCCGAGAUGAGACCUGACUUUAGGACUGUUCGAAGCAGGCUGAAGCCCAUGUCUUCCGGAAUGAAAACGAAUAUCUUUGACAACAUGAUGGAUAUGAUGGAGAAAUACCAGACAAAUCUGGAGAAAUUAGUAGAAGAAAGAACAGAAGAAUUAGUUGUAGAGAAGAAAAGGACAGAGGCCUUACUACACAGAAUGCUUCCAAAAACUGUUGCCGAUUCACUGAAGAGAGGCGAACCUGUCGUACCCGAGACCUACAACAACGUCACCAUCUACUUUAGUGAUAUAUGCGGUUUCACAGCCAUGUCUGCUGGUAGCACACCUAUGCAAGUUGUUGAUCUCCUGAAUGAUCUGUACACACUCUUUGACUCCAUCAUCGCCAACUACGACGUUUACAAGGUGGAGACUAUCGGGGAUGCCUACAUGGUAGUCAGCGGCCUGCCUAUAAGAAACGGCGACAACCAUGCGGGCGAGAUCGCCUCAAUGUCCCUCCACUUACUCUCAGCUAUCAAAACCUUCAAAAUACGACACCGUCCGGACGAUUGCCUCAAACUCCGGAUCGGGGUCCAUUCGGGUUCUUGUGUUUGUGGCGUGGUUGGACUUACGAUGCCGCGAUACUGCUUGUUUGGCGACACCGUCAAUACAGCUUCGCGGAUGGAGAGUAAUGGGGAACCCUUGAAGAUCCACUGCAGCAAAGAGACGCGAGACACCCUGACCAAGCUUGGAGGUUAUGUGUUGGAAGAACGCGGUUUGGUCCAUAUGAAGGGUAAGGGUGAAGUGCUGACGUAUUGGAUCGCAGAUGAAGAGGUCGAAUACCGUCAGAAGAGGCUUCAGAGAGAAGGAACCGUAGACAGCUCUGGCUUGACGCCAACUGAACCAAUAAAACGCGGCAAAUACCGAUCAUUCGGGGGAUACACAGCUCAGAACGAACUGUGCACCCCAAAAGUGAAACUACGUGGCCAGAAAAGUGAUGCACCGGGGGAUAGGAAUAUCAUGAACAUUAUCCGUGAGAUGGGUUGCCCGGAGAAAUCCCCUCAGAAAAAUAACGCUAAACCCGAUACGCCGACGAGUCCGCGUUAUCAGAACAUCCUACGGGAGAAUUUGACUUCCUCGAAUCCGUCUCUGAAGGAACUGAGUUUUGAGAAUGAGCGGCAGGGCAGUAUAAAGCGGUUGAAGGCUAUGUCUCGGCGGGGCUUCUCCGAGGACGAGGCCAUGCGGUCAGUGAAGCGCACAUCUCGGUUCAGGCCAGAGAGGGCAAGUCCCAUCUUAGACAGGCCAAACUCUUUGGAUGUACCACCAAGUGAGACUGACAAACUAUUAGAGGAAAUCGAUGGAAAGAAUUUAGCUGGAUUAGUGUCCGAGGAGGCAAAGGAUGACUCGGUGUUUGAGUCUAAGGAAUCUUUAGAGUUAUCUAGUACGAAAGCGCAACAAGAGAGGACUGUCAGUGUGAGCACCGAGGGUGACGCGAGCUCUCCUCGCAAGAAACAUCCUAGUUCUGUUUCGUUUAAUAACAAGAAGAACAAACCUAUAUCAUCGCUUUGCUAGCUGGAGAGAGUUCGAAGUGUUACAUGUGCUGUGAUUUCCCUUCCACUUGUUCUCUCAGGAUUAGAGUAACACGAAAUUUCCACAUCAGUGCCGUUUCCACGAAGUGGCGAUAACUUCAAAUUAUAAAAUAAAAUACCUUCUUAUGAUUGGAAUCGUCGAGGAUUCCAUUGCCAAGUGCCUCUUUUGUUAAGAUAAAGUUAGGAACUAUUGAUAACUAGGAAGCAUUCUCUAGGUAGCCAAUACGCCGUUGACGCAAUGAACUUGGCUGUCCAACUGCAUUUUCCCUUAGCUUCAUUGUGUUUUGCCCAUUUUCUCAACAAGGAAAAAUGGCUCUGAAAAUUGGCCACUUGCCUCCUCGAUUAACCCAGUAAUGAUCUUGUUGAAAGAGAUAACGUAGGUGUGUGUUCUAUAUAGAAUCGGGUUAUAUAUUCACGAAGAAAACACUUUAAAGUAUCAAAUAUAAUGGUUUCCUUUAAGUGUCUGUAUAUCGUGCAACAACACAUGAAAGAUAAUGUAAAUAUUUGUAACAAGCUUUCGGCCAUCGCUGACGGUUUUUUUCGAAGUCAAGGUCCAUAAUUAAUAAUCAGAAAUGGUCUAAGUGAUAUGCUGUAUAUAUAUUGUGUAAAACCAAUAGAUCAUAAUAAGGAAAUAAAUACGA